CUCGGUGUCAGUUAGUAAAGACUAGAAUACCGGAAUACUCUCCCACUCCCAACAUGGUUAAAGUUAAUAUGAAUUCGCUGAAAUGUUUUUUGUUGCUUGGCUUGGCGCUAGCCCAUGGCACUGAUGCAACCAAAGGAAAAGGACGAGUUGGAGGCUACGGUGGAGGUAUGAGUCAUGGAGGUGGCGGUGGAUACGCAGCUGCUCCACCGCAAAUCAUUUACGCUCCUGCACCGCAGCCGAUGAUGGUCUAUUCACCACCUCCUGUCCAUCGCCCACCAGCACCUAGGCCAGUUCCUGCUCCCGCUCUUUCAUACGGAGGAGGAGGAGGUUUCGGCGGAAGUCACGGACACUCAGCAGGAAGUGGACAAAUUGGUGGGCAAGGAAGUUAUGGUGGAUCUUCAGGAGGUGCUCCAGUGCACAUUCACGUUCAUUCUGCACUUGCCCAAUCCCAGCAUCAGCCAAUUGCAGCGUCUUCUUAUGGAGGAGGACAUGGAGGUAACAGUCAAGCUGGUGGCUAUGGAGGAUCGGCCGGAGGACAUGCUCCUAUUCCGAUGGCGCAAUCCUAUGACCAGCCAGCCCCGGCUGCUCAAUUUCAUCACCAGACGAUUCCAAUGUUUUCUUCCGGACAUGCUGGAUAUGCUCCUCCUGCGGCCCAAUCGUACCAGCCAUUAGCCCCAGUUUCCCAUUUCCAAUCAGCUCCAUCAGUGGCCUCUUAUGGCGCUCCUCCUUUGUCAGCUGGAGGUUAUUAGAACUUCUAGUUUUAUUGGCGAAUAAUUAAUCUUCAAUUAAUAUUAAUUAAUGUAUUCUUUUUAAAAAAUAUACUAACUUUGAUCGAG